UGACGAGACACGCACUGCGUCAUUACGUCAAACACGUAGAUUCUGCAAGCCCGGAAGUGUUAUGUGGCGUUGAUUCACCGUCAAAAUGUCAGCCAUUUUCAACUUCCAGUCACUGCUCAUGGUGAUUCUUCUCCUGAUAUGUACGUGUGCCUACAUCAGAGCGCUGGCUCCCAGCCUGCUGGACAAGAAUAAGACCGGGCUUCUCGGAAUUUUCUGGAAAUGCGCCAGAAUAGGUGAGCGGAAGAGUCCUUGGGUAGCUUGCUGCUGUAUCAUCAUGGCCUUUAGUAUCCUCUUCCUACAAUAGACAUCCAAAAAGGACCAAGGAAACGGCAAGAACAAGAACAACAUGGACAAUGACAGCUAUUGUAGAAGCACCGCAAGAACUCCAGUAGCUGUUGGAUAAUGUACUAAGAGGAAAAUGCCCUCACUCUCUGUCGCCAUGAACCAGAGUACGUUCAUUCUCCUGUGGACGUGGAGGGCAAUCCUUAUUCCAUUCUUGUGGAUCCUUGUGGGUGGGGCACCGUCAGGAAAGAAUCGAUUUUUUUUUUUUAAAAAUCAAUAUCUGACGUCAAGCGGUCCACAUGCCUCAAACAGUUGUCCAAAAAAAAUAAGGGGAUAGGAUCUUUUGUAUUUCAGUUUUCAUUGAAAUGCUUCAAAUUGCAGCAUUUGUCGAUUUGGUUGGGCCCGAAGGCGUGUGUUUUGUGAACAUCACCACCCCGUUGUUGAUCGGAGAAAUCGCCGUCAUAUUCCACAAGCAGACUCAAGUGGACGAUGGAGAGCCAUGUCCAGCGCACAAAGCCCUUUGCUUGUUGCAGUGAGAGAGGCUUUGUGAUAACCUCCCCACUGAUCUUCCUUUCAACACUCAAAUGUGUCGACGACUGUUAUCGGGACACAGAAAUGAACGCAUGCGCAGUAGGACCACUUAUUUUGUUGCCACUGUAUCUUCCACUCAAACCGUACUAACAUACGAGAUCCAACACAAGAGUUAGAAAAGAACAUGAUCGUCAUGGGAUGGUGAUUCCAUGUAAACGUCCGUUUUUCUUUUGUCUUUUUGUUUUUCCAUUGGCAAUGUAUUUUCAAACACAAUAAAGUCAAUGCCACACA